CUGAUUUCAGCGGCCGGGCGGGUGGCAGGCAGGUUCUUCUGCGCAGGCGUGCCCGGUGUCCCGACGCCUAGCUGUCUGCGGGGUGGGGCAGAGGCUCGUGCCCCUGUCUGCAGAUCCUGGCCGGAGAAAUAGCUUACCAGACCUGGGUAGGAAAGGCCUCCGGAUGUACAGCCUGGCAGGAUGAAUGGAGGAUCUGCUGCCCUCCGAGAUGGAAUCGGGUGGCUUCCUUGCCCUCAUCUUGCGUCUUGAGCGACGACGUUUCAUUUCAUCAGUGGAAGGCCACAGGCCGUCUGGAUUCGGAAGUUGGAGGCAGGCGCUGGAGGGGUGAAGUGUUUUGGAAUGCCUCAUCGUGUUACGAGACGACCGAAGUGUUUAAUGGGCAUUUAUUAAAUGCCAACUACUUCCAGGCUUCAUGCAAGGAGCUACAGGAGAUGCGGUGCUAAGAGACCGCCAUCCCAGCCUCUCCAUCUGUUUGGAGGACAGAUUUGUGCAUCAGUACACGAGGCAGUGAAUUAAGGAUGAUUGAAGGGUCCCUUCCCUCUUUCUAAAAUAGCGGCUUACUAUUGUAGAAACUAAUUCCUGAGCAGGAGGCAAAUUUUAAAUAUUUGGAGGAAAAUGUUUGAGUAAAUGCACAGUAAAGUCUUUAAUUGCUAAAUAGAAGCUCUAGUUCACAUUAAUUUGAAUUAGUGAAAUAAACCCUUCACCUUCAAGAAUUUAAAAAUAUUUCAAAUACAUGUUCAUACUUUUUUACUUGCAGUAAGUACAUACAUUUGAAUCUUUAGAGGGUGAAGACAGCAUUGUGCCUUAACAACUGAUCUGUUGUUUUUAUGUGGAAUGUUGUGCUCUAGAUAAUUUUUAAAGCUGGAGUGGGCAUCUGAUUAUUUUUCUGAAAAAUUUGCCUUUCAUUUGCCUCAUUGCGUGAUAAAGGUGGUUGGCAAUAGGCUAAUAGAGGAAGGAGAUCAAAUAGCCAGAGGAGAAAGAAUUUUAGAGAAAAGCUUCUAAGCCAAAGGAGCUAUUUUUUCUCCACUUUUUUUGUAAACCUUUCUGGAAAUCUCAGUAAACUUGGCAAGACUGACCUGGCCACCGCAGCCAGCUUGGAGCCCUGCCAGGAUCAUGGAUUUUCCUGGGCACUUUGAGCAGAUUUUCCAGCAACUAAACUACCAGAGACUUCAUGGCCAGCUCUGUGACUGUGUCAUUGUAGUGGGAAAUAGACAUUUCAAAGCCCACCGCUCAGUGCUGGCAGCAUGCAGCACGCAUUUCCGAGCUCUGUUCUCAGUGGCAGAGGGAGAUCAGACGAUGAAUAUGAUCCAGCUUGAUAGCGAGGUAGUGACAGCGGAGGCCUUUGCUGCGCUGAUUGACAUGAUGUAUACCUCCACCCUCAUGCUGGGGGAGAGCAAUGUUAUGGAUGUCUUAUUGGCAGCCUCUCACCUGCAUUUGAACUCUGUUGUUAAGGCAUGUAAACAUUACCUUACGACAAGGACACUGCCCAUGUCUCCCCCCAGUGAGCGCAUACAGGAGCAGAGUGCCCGCAUGCAGCGCUCCUUUAUGCUGCAGCAGCUGGGACUGAGCAUUGUGAGCUCAGCCCUCAAUUCCAGCCAGAGUGGUGAGGAACAGCCAGCCCCCAUAAGCUCAUCAAUGCGUGGUAACAUGGACCAGCGGACACCCUUCCCUAUGAGACGCCUUCAUAAGCGCAAGCAGUCUGCAGAGGAACGGGCCAGGCAGCGCCUCCGGCCCUCCAUGGAUGAAUCUGCCAUUUCAGAUGUCACGCCAGAGAAUGGGCCUUUGGGCGUUCAUUCCCGGGAGGAGUUCUUUUCACCAGAUUCUCUAAAAAUUGUGGAUAAUCCUAAACCUGAUGGAAUGACUGACAACCAGGAAGACAGUGCUAUCAUGUUUGACCAGUCUUUUGGUGCCCAAGAAGAUGCCCAGGUGCCCAGCCAGUCUGACAACAGUGCCAGCAACAUAGCACAAUUGUCAAUGGCCUCACGCGCAACUCAGGUUGAGACUAGUUUUGAGCAGGAAGCUGCAACUGAGAAAAGUGGUUUUCAGUGUGAAAAUGCUGAGGUUAGCCUUGGUGAGAAGGAGCACAUGAGAGUGGUGGUUAAAUCUGAGCCCCUGAGCUCGCCUGAGCCUCAGGAUGAAGUGAGCGAUGUGACCUCCCAAGCAGAGGGCAGCGAGUCUGUGGAAGUGGAAGGAGUUGUGGUCAGUGCCGAGAAGAUAGACCUUAGCCCUGAAAGCAGUGAUCGGAGUUUCUCAGAUCCCCAGUCUAGCACUGACAGGGUAGGUGACAUCCACAUUUUGGAAGUCACAAAUAACUUAGAACAUAAGUCCACAUUUAGUAUUUCAAAUUUUCUCAGUAAGAGCCGAGGAAAUAACUUCAGUGCAAAUCAGAACAAUGAUGAUAACAUCCCAAACACAACCAGCGACUGCCGGCUGGAGGGCGAGGGCCCUUACUUGCUGAGUCCAGAGGCUGGGCCUGCUGGUAGCUCCUCCUCUGCCCCUGGCUCUCAUGUGGAGAACCCAUUCAGUGAGCCAGCAGACUCGCACUUUGUUAGGCCCAUGCAGGAGGUGAUGGGCCUGCCAUGUGUGCAGACCUCAGGCUACCAGGGAGAGCAGUUUGGGAUGGAUUUUUCCAGGUCUGGUCUAGGACUCCAUUCAUCCUUUUCUAGAGUAAUGAUGGGUUCCCCAAGAGGAGGAGCCAGUAACUUUCCAUACUACCGCCGCAUAGCUCCCAAAAUGCCAGUGGUAACAUCUGUCAGGAGUUCACAGAUGCCAGAAAACUCUUCCAGUUCCCAACUAAUGAUGAAUGGAGCCACAUCCUCAUUUGAAAAUAGCCAUCCCUCCCAGCCUGGCCCUCCGCAGUUGACCAGGGCAUCUGCUGACGUCCUGUCAAAAUGCAAGAAGGCCUUAUCAGAGCACAAUGUCUUGGUUGUAGAGGGAGCUCGCAAAUAUGCCUGCAAAAUCUGCUGCAAAACUUUUCUGACUUUGACAGAUUGUAAGAAGCACAUCCGUGUUCAUACAGGUGAAAAGCCGUACGCCUGCCUGAAGUGUGGCAAGAGGUUUAGUCAGUCUAGCCACCUGUAUAAACAUUCGAAAACUACUUGCCUUCGGUGGCAGAGCAGCAACCUUCCCAGCACUUUGCUCUAACUGUCCUCAUGAGACAGUGCCGGGGCCAGUAAUAGGACUGAAACUAGAAUCGCUUUUGGUGUGCAGCUAAUGCCUUUGGGUUUGAGGCUUCAGCUGCCCAGUAGCGCUUGCAGCUUUUGACCACUAUUAAGUGGAAAACUUACAGGUAGCACUUGGCUUUAGCAUUUCUGAGUGACGUGCACAUGUUGGGAAUGAGAUGCAGUAGAUCCCUGGAACCAAAUUCUUCCUAAGGAUUGAAUAAUGCACUCAUAGUUUGUAAUUAAUGUCAUUAAAAGUGGUACACUUAAAAAUGGAAAUGCAAAAAAAAAUUUUUUUUUUUUAGCAAUUUUUGUAAAGCUCUGUGAAACAUUUAAAUUUCCUAUGCCCCCUGAUGGGAUGAUUAUAUAUCCCUGUACAGUGAUGCAAAAUGCACUUAUGUGUAACCAGUGGUGACUUGUCUGAAAGGAAGACCCUUGAGGACAUGCCUGUCUGCCACAAAUGCUUUAAAUCCUGAGCUAGUUCUAGGCCUCAGAAAGUACUGUAUUUUUUAUUUUCGUCUGAGUUGGCAGUCACAGACACUGCACUUUGAUGGUGCUGACACUGGGUCCAGGUGAGCGUUCUCUUGGACUAAUAGGUGUAUAUACUUCUGAGUCUGUUGAGUAGAUGUUUUAACAAUUUCCACCCCCCUCCCCCAGUUUUAAAGAUGAAGUUGUAAAUGGAGUAUGUACUUGUAGGAGUGACAAGUAAGGUAUUAUUUCUAUAUGUGCUGUUUUAGCCGAAUUUUAACCAACUUGUGUUACCAAUGUUACUGUUACAUGUUUGGAAGUCAGAAAAAGCUAGUUGUUUGUCUUUGUUCUGAUGACGUAGAGUCAUGUUUUGUGGCGAUUUCAUGAUCCAUUGCCCUUUGCUCAUCAGACACUGAAGACCUGUUCAGUCUGACACAUUCCGCUGAGGACAAGCCUGUUUUCCACUGCACUGUAUCUUCAUGCUUCCCUUCCCUGUCUGGCCUCUCUCCUAGAUUACUGUUUUGAGUUACAAACUAACCAAAAAUAAUGUUACCUCCCAUGGGUUUCUAUUACUGUUAUAUACUAGUCUUUAAAUGUUUAGACCCUAAACUUUAUUAUUGCUCCCCAAACCUAAUACUGAGGGUUUAAAAUUGUUUGAAAUCCAAAUCAUUCACAGAUCGGUCAUUUCUAGGCUCAUAAGGGAUAAGAUAGCCAGUAACACAGAAGUCACUCAGUAGCAUCUGAGAUUGCCGGAGAGGCAUUGAGUCACUGCCCUGGGCCUCCCAGCUCACUUCCCGUGCCCCAGCUUGCUGUCCUGUGCUGUCAUGGCUGUUGGUCACACCCAUUUUGACCAUCCCCUGGCUCACGUGUAUAGGGGAACAGCCCAGGUUCCUGUAUCUGUAGAGUUCAGUUUGGCUCAUGCAGACAUGGGUUUGUUUUUUAUACAACUUUCUCAGAAAUAACUAAAUUAUUGUGCAUAAUUCAGAGAAUUCAGUUCUUAUGAUUAGAAAGCUAAGUAUGUGUAGUUUAAAACAAAAGUGUGUGUCUUCUCUUAAUCUAGUAUGUACGGUACACAUCUGUGGAUAAAUCUAAUGUUCAUAGAGGGCUUGGCCCCCCCUAUGAACUGAUCUCAAGGAGGAAAGCUCACAAGGAAACCUGCAGCUCCUCCUUGGGCAGAUGUGGGGGACCAUUGGAGGUGUGGCUCAUAGUCAGCUGUCCUGUCCUGACGUGGUAGGAGCAGCUCUACAGCCACCGCCCACAUGAUGUAGGGACCUGUGUCCUGUGAGAAACUUGACAAUGGGAGUUAGGUGGGUUGGCAAGGGGAAUGAGAGCUCUGUCUGGGCUUGGGACAAGGAGCCAGUGACACAGGUAUGGGAGCUCUCCUUCCCUCCAUUCUUUCAGAGAUGGUACCAGGAGCGUCCUCCUCACCCCUGCUCAAGCUGAAGUGGACUUGUCUUGAGGGCUUGUUUCUGACACAUGCCAGAGUCCUGCCUCU